AUGGAAAGAGUCCUACUACUAUAUAUCCUUGUGGUCACGCUUACAGCGAAUUGUCAUUCUCAAGUUGUAGAAUGGAGCAACGACGAACGAUUGCAACUUUGGUCACGAGGAGAAUUCAACUUGGAUUUAUCAGAAAAUAAUGAAUACUUUGAUUUGUUGCCUUUUCGGCGACUGGGCCCUGUCAGUAGAGUCCGAAACUCUAUCCUUCGACAUCAGCAAUCGCCCAACUGUGACUCGAACGGAUUUUGUUUGGAUCAGAUUCGAGGAGGAUCGCAGUCUGUGGAGAACAACAAGGAAAUCGAAUCCAAGAUUGAAGAAUUGGGAGGUCGUUUCGGUGCCGAUUUCCUUGUAGCUGUCGAACGAAACAAACGAGACCACGAGGAGGAUUGUAAAAAGAGCUGCGAACUUUACUAUUGUGUCACUGCAAAUACACCGCUUGUUCCCGUGGAGGAUAUUUUGGGACCAACUACAAUUAAGUCCUAUUCGAUGGGCCCGGUACCGCCAGAAGACUUUGCUGACAGUUUUGGGUAUCCUCUGGACAACAUCAAAGUUACGGAAACAAAGCCUCUCUUUUCGGCAGCAGAGGCAACAUCAGUCAUUGAGAAAGCUGAAAAUGAAGGUGUAGACAAGAAUGAAUUCAAGAGUGGCAAAUACCAGCUUGCUGGAGACUGGCUCCAGAAUCUACCCGAAACACGAGCAUGGUUCAACCAGCAACUAGAGACGAUAUUUUUCCCGUUGUUGGCACACUUAUUUCCGGAAAUUAUUAGUUCACCAUCAGUGAUUAGGGCGCACUCUGUGAGUUUGCUCAAAUAUAAUGCCAGUCAUCCUCGUACAGAUGUGCAUAUAGACAAUGGUAUCCUCGCCAUGACACUAGCCAUGACACCAUCAGCGCAGUAUACUGGAGGAGGUACCUACUUUGAGCACAUGGGAGUUGAAAAUAUUCUUCCAAUGGAUGUAGGGCACGCAACAUUACGACCUGGAUCUGUGCGACAUGGUGGUCACCGAGUUAAGGAGGGGGAUAGAUACGUCCUCGGUGCAUUCUUGCUUCUUGAAGACAGAGUCGAGCACGUCCGUCGACUGAAGAAUCGAGGAAGCGAGCUUCGUCGAGUCCCCGAUUUGGAUGGUGCCUCGAAGCACUUUGAAUGGGCACUCGCUCUAAAUCCAAUGUGCACCACAUGCCUGAAAGAUUGGGCAGAGAUUCUGCACACGCAAAAAAAGUUUGCAGAGGCUGAAGAAAAGAUUCGAGCGGCACUGCACCUAUUGGAAUAUAAGGACUCGGAUGCAUUGUUCACUUUGGGAGUUCUAUUGAGUGAACAAGGUCGUGACGACGAGAGCAUUCAGGCAUAUCAACAAAGCGUGGAAAUAAAUGCCGAAGAUGCGGAACUAUGCUAUAACUUAGGCGUCAAGCUUGGAGCCAAAGGUCUGGUCAAGGAGGAAAUGCAAAUGUAUGCUAAAGCGACCAAAGCAAAUCCAAAGUUCGGUGGUGCUUGGUUGAAUUGGGGGACAGUCCUUGCAGAAUCUGGAAACAUUGAUGAUGCGGAGCUUAUGUUUUUGAAAGCACUUCAAUGUGAACAAGAGGUUGCUUCCAAAGCCAUGAUGAAUCUUGGACUGAUCUACAUCACUCAAGGAAAUGCUCUAGCGCAAGGCGGCAAUCUGGAAGGCGCCAUGAAAGCGGCCCUUAGUGCCGCAAAGUACAUAGAUCAAGGAAAGGCCAUGCUCGACCAAGUGGCUUCUUACAACAAAGCAGAUUCGAUGAUCCUGAAAUUCAUUGGUCAAUAUCGUCCAUUACGACUCAAGGCAUACCAAUUGCUUGGACAGCUCCACGCUGGACAGGGAAACAUGGCAAAAUGCGAGGCCGAAUUCAGAGCUGCAACCAAAAGCUUCCCAGAAGAUAUCAUGGCAUGGAAGCUAUUGCAACGGAUCUUGCAGGUCCAAGGAAAGACUGAGGAGCUGAAGUCUUCUUUCAUGACAGUUCCAUCGCAACAGCGUGCUCCAACCAGACUUGCCAUCAUGUCUCAAGAAAAGACUGAGCAUAUCCUGAAGCAUGCCAAUGACUGUGUCCACGGCGUAUGUGCCUUCGAUGAAGUUUCAGAACUUGUGGCCAUGCUUCGAGGACAUCAAAAGGAGCUGUCAGUUUGGGUUGAGGCAGUCAAGAAAAUCACUAAAGCUCUCGAAAAGGUCAAAGAGGAGGACGGCCAGACGAAAUUCGAGAAACCGUUCGAGCUCUCUUCCGCGUUUUCCAGCUAA